UGAAUAAUUUUUUUUUUUAAAUUUCAGGCAUCUGGAAACCCGGACAUCGAUUAUAGUAGUUUUCCUGCAACGUCUCAGUCAUGUUCUAUGCAUUCAGCUCAGCGAGAUGAUAUUCCUGCUCUGCAAAAUGCAGCACUUGCGUCCUAUGAUCAUGGUCUAACAGAUAAUGGAUCAGUUGAUCAUAAACCAGCCUUGCCACCAAAACCCUUUCAAGGACCUCCUACAUACAGAGAGCCUUCUAGUCCUCCUGUUCAUGAUGAACCCAGUCAGCAUCCUGAUAUAUGCAUCAAUUCUGCACCACCUCAUCCACGAUCAGCUGAUCCUCAUCCUUAUCCUCCUCAAACAACCCAUUCCAGAGAGCGACCAGAUCACCUUGGUACGAGAACACAAGCAUGGGUUCAAGAACACAAAACAUCAGGGAAACUUGUUGGUGAAAAGUUGUCUUCUCUGCAAAGGAAAUUGCGUUCAUUGCUGACUCAGUCAUCAUCUAAUAAAGACUCUGUUGAAGUAGAAAAGAGUGUAGCUCCGUUUGCUGAAAAGUCUGGAAGUGACCACAGUGAAAACUGGAAUAUUCCUUCCACUAAUGAAAGACCUAAAAGUUUUGGCCCUAUGUCAUAUAACAGGAGUUCUUCAUCCACAAAUGAGCCACAUAUGACAUAUAUAUCUUCAUCCUCAUUUAGCAGCAGUAGUGCUACUUUAAGUGUUUCACAUCCUUCAAAUCACAUUCACCACUCUCAAGCAUUUCAGGCAGAAAGGCAUCCUUUUGGUGCUCAUGCCAGUCUAUCAGAGCACGAGGAUGGCACUGAUCCUGAUCAACUUCGUGACACAUGUACUAAAUUUUUCUCUAGAGAACAAAAAAUUAGUUGGACGAACUACUUAAAUCCAAGGAAUAGUUAUUCGAAUAAUAUAAAGUCUUCAUAUGAUUAUGAUAAGUUAGUGCCAAAAGAAGCUAUUGGGCGACCAUCUCAAGAUAAAAAGGCAGAAUUUUCAUCCAACUGUGAUUCUGUAUAUGGAGGUGUAACACCAUUUCCAAGCUUUGGUAAAGCUCUUGAUCAAAUUGUGCAGCAAACUGAACCUCAGACUUCCUCACCUCUGGAUACCUCAUAUUACGGUCGAAGGGUACAGAAUUAUAAUGAGGAGAACCACCUCCCAGAUAUUCCAUCAGAUGAAACACAAGUGCCAAAUGAAGAAAAUGAUGCUGUGUCAAAUGAACCAUUGCAAUCUGGUGCCACAGACUGUGGAGAUGCAAAUGAUUUAUAUAAAUCAUCAUCUGAAUCUGGUCGUGGCACCAUGCAUAGUAGCAUGCAUGGUUGUAAAAGUGUAGUAUCUCCUCAUAGUAGUGGCAUCAGUGCAGGCAGUAAUCUCGAUACUAGCCUUGAUUCUGAUCACAGUGCUAAUGGUACUAUUUGGAGCCAACAAAACCAUGACUCUCAAGAAAAGAGGUUCUCUGAGGAAUUGCAAGUGAAUCAAGCCAGACAUAUAUAUGAGACACCAAGUACAUCUUUGAACUGUAGAAAACCUACUGAUCAACAAGAACCUCAGGAUGAUGUUACAAGUGAAAGCCUUUCUGUUACUCCACCUCUGCCACCUCUUUCUCCUGCUCCAUCUCCUCCCAUUAGUGCUGAAAAUUCACCAAAACUCUCUUCAAGAACACCACAAUAUAGGCUGUCGUCAAGUGCAUCUGCUCUAAACACUAGCUGUAAUAAAGCAACUGAGCAUUCAAAGAACUGUGAAAUGGGUCUUGUUAAAGUAACUCCUGGCAAGAAAACUGGUUUGCGUCGAACAUCUAGUAUAACACAGACAACCUGCAAGCAUAGGAAUGGAAAGUCAUACCAAUAUAAUAAAUUGCCUUCUGGACAUCGAUUAGGAAUAUCGCAUGGUAACUGUGCUGCUAGAAAAUGUCACAGCUCACCACCUUCAAGACACCAUACACGCAAUCAGAUUGCUUUUCCGUGUUAUGUAGACAAUGGGGAUCCAGAAUUAACUUCAACUACAACAGGUCUUGAUAUGGAAAGUCUGUUAGAUGAUGCUGAUGACUUUAGCAGUGACCUAAGUGCUACAGCUAGUACUAUGGAACCUAGUGAAGUUUCCAUGAUCAGGAAGCAACUUGAAGGUCUAGAGACAAUGUAUUCAGAGAUACUUCGUUUACUGGGUGUCAAAAAUUCUUGCAAGGCUAAUGUAUUUGGUGGAAGUGUAUUAGAUGUGUCACGUCAUUCUCGACGACGAACUAAUGACAGCUUGUCAUCUUUAAAUGCUCGUAGUUCUGUGAGUAGAGGAAAUCAUAGUUUUGCUGAUAAAAGAGGCUUCUCUGAAAAAAGAAGAAGUAAAGAGUGCCGAAGCAGCUCAGCAAGCAAAAGACUGCAACGGUUAGAAAGCCAUGUUGUAACCUUAGCACGUAGUGUAGCACAUUUAUCAUCUGAAAUGAGAACUCAGCAUGUACUUGUUCAAGAAUUAGAAAAUAUGCGACAGGAUGUGACGUGGGUUCAGGAACGAUUACGGCUUAUGCAGCUGGCCCAAGGUUGCCAGUCAGGCAGUACUGGUGGAAAGAGUCAUCAAUUACCUUUGCCAAAAGAUUGGGAUAAUUUCCGGAGAGAAGUUCUCGAGUUACUAAAUCCAUGCAGAGCAAAGAAACUUACGAAGUUUUUUGGAGAUGAGCCACCACUUAUCAGGCAAUUUUUGAAACGCCUUGGAUAUGAAAAAUAUGCUGCUAACUUUGAAACUGAAAAGAUAGGAAUAAAAGAAUUGCCUUACUUAACUGAAGAGAGACUUCAGAAGAUGGGUAUUCCUAUGGGACCUCGUAUGAGGAUUCUUCAAGAAGCUCAUGCUUGUUGUCAUCAGAGUCAAUAUAAAGUUUAUAUUGUAUGAUAAAGUUCUGCAUUUCAGAAGUUGUCUGAACUUUCCUUUCAGAAAAGUUCAAGUUCAGCCUUUGAAAUGCAUAUAAUAAAGAAACUGAUAAUUUGUUCAAGAGAUUUAAUGAACUUUGUAAACUUUCAGUGGGUUGUAUAGCAAAAGAGUCUUUGUACAUGUUAUUUUUACUGAAAUGGUGUGUGCUAUUUUCAUCUGUACUUUUUGUGUUUUUGUAAGUUGUGUGAUUAUUGUUCUCUCAAAAAGAAAACAUUCAUUGUAUAAAACAUCUUAACAGGCUAAGUUUGUAAUUUUUAGAAUUUAAAGUCAUUAAAAUGUAUAGUGAAACAUA